CGCAUGCGCACUGUUAUUUCACUUCCGUGUUUUGAUACCGUCGCCGGCAAUUUUUUGUUGAUUUAAUUUUUGCCACAAGUAGAAGUGUUAAAAUGUCGAAGCCUGAGCUACGAUGUGUAUUUGCAUCUAUGCCCAAAACUGAGCGUGGAAAAUUUAUAGUUUUGGGUGCUGACAGGAAAGGACAGAACUUCCUGUAUGCCAAUGGAACUAACAUAUACAUCAGAGAUAUCAAUGAUCCAACCAAGUGUGACAUAUACUCGGAGCACACUGCUCCUUGCACCAUGGCACAGUACUCGCCAUCCGGCUUCUAUAUUGCAUCAGGAGAUGCUACCGGCAAGGUGCGAAUUUGGGAUACUGUAAACCCUGAGCAUGUGCUUAAAAAGGAGUUCCACGUGCAGGGCGGACCAAUCAAAGAUAUCAGCUGGUCUGAGGACAACACCAAGAUUGCUGUGGCAGGAGAAGGAAGGGAAAGGUGUUGCAAAGUAAUAACGUCAGACUCUGGUAACACCGUUGGUGAAAUCGGUGGUCACACUGGCACCGUGAAUGCUAUUGCGUUCCGUCCAGUCCGUCCAUUCAGGAUCGUCUCUGCUGGUGAGGACAUGAGAUCUCAGCUUUACAAGGGACCGCCAUUCAAGUACGAGAAAGACUGUAAAGACCACACUAACUUCGUAAACUGUGUGCGCUACAGUCCGACAGGAGAUGUGUACAUAACUGGCGGAGCUGAUGGACAGGCCAUUGUGUAUAAUGGGGAGUCUGGAGACAAGAUCGGUGUACUUGGAGGAACGAAGUCACACGCAGGUGGCGUCUAUGGCGUUGCAUUCAGUCCAGACGGUAAGGAAGUGUUGACUGUCUCCGGGGACAAGACGGCCAAAAUCUGGAAUGUGGAGAGCAGAGAGGAAGUCACGAAAUUUGAGCUAGGCAAAGAGUUAGGUGACAUGUUGGUAAGCUGCGUGUGGUCUGGAGACAACAUCAUUGUUGUCUUGCUCAAGGGCUAUAUCAACUACCUAGACAGGAAUAACCCCAGCACUCCAAUCAAGACCCUCAGGGGCCAUAACAAGCUAAUUACUGCCAUGACACCGUCCACUGAUCGGUCCAAAGUUUUCACUACCAGCUUGGAGGCUGUAUCUGCCAAGAGUAAUGCGGUUAACGCUGUCAUUCUGGCGUGGGAUAUAAACACUGGCCUUGCUGAGGAGUUUAAAGGUCACGGUCACACAAACCAGGUAUUUGACAUGGUUGCAAGGGGUGACUAUCUCAUCUCGGUUUCGAUGGACGACACAUGCCGCUAUACCAGCAUCUCCAGCAUGCAGUAUGGUGCCGAGGCUUGCAAACUACCGUCCCAGCCUAAAGGCCUGGCUGCUCUUGACUCAGGAUUAGCCGUGAUUGCCUGUAUGGACCAUGUUGUGGUCGUGAACAAAGGUAAUGUCAUGUUCCAACAGGAAGUCAAGUUUGGCCCCACAUGUGCAGACAUCAGCCCAGACAAGACAACUGUCGCCUUUGGCGGAAAAGGUGACCUGCAUAUAUUUGAGCUGGACGGAAUGACCCUUCGAGGCAAGAAGAUAAUAAAGAUAGGCGAUGAUGUGAUGCGAGCCAAGUUCUCGCCAGAUGGAGCUUACUUGGCUGUUUGCACAGGCAGCAAGAGAAUUACAUAUGUGUAUAAUGUGGCUGAUGAUUUUAAGGAACAUAACCACUUCACGAAGCAGACUGCCAAGAUAUUCUCGCUAGACUGGGCACCCAACUCGCAGUAUUUUGCCACAGGAAGUCUUGAUGGUAGCUUCGUAGUUUGGUGCCUCUCGACUGUAUUUGGCAAGGAGCAAGUCUGCUCAAGGAUGGAUGCACAUAAGAAGUGUUCAGUUUCCAGCCUGGCUUGGCUCUCUGACAACACCAUCAUCACAGCCAGCAACGACUGCACCAUCAAACAAUGGGACAUUAAGUUUGCAUAGUCACUCUAGCAGCUCUAGACUUAUACAAAUUGUAGAUAGCACGGACUGCCUUUUCCUAUAAUAUGUAUUUCUUUCCACUAUAAUUCUGUGUAUCAUGAACAAAGUUUGUUUGUUUGGUUAAGGAAAGUUUCAAGUGUUGGAUGAAUUUAAGAGUCUAGUACUAAUAAAUAUAACCAUGUUUUAUUAACAUAAGCCAUCCAUCAUUACUGUAAGAGAUUUCAACUUCAUUUUAAGGGUUCAACAAGUUGAGUUUUCACAAAGAUUUUUUUUUAUAAAGCCAGUCUAUUUAAAAAAAACAUCUUAAUGAAAUUGCUAUGUAAUCAUAGUAAAACUUUGUUUUAUUACCACCAUACAAAAUAUUUUUAUAAAAAUAGCGUCAUUAAGGGGAUUAUUAAAAAUUGAAAUCCAUGCAAAAAUAAUAUAAUUAUAUUACAUAUAUUGAUAUAUAAUAUCAAUGUAAAUUCAGUAUAGAAAAAAUCUCUUAUGUCAAUUUCUAAAAUGCAGUUACACAUGGUGGAUGGCUUACCUUUAGUUAUAUAAAAUCGUGUUUAUGUUUACAGUUUACUAACAUAGGACUGUGAUAUAUUUACUGGUUAUAAUUUCAGUUUGGUCAGUUCCCUUCUCACAUCCCUAAAAAAAACUAACUAAGCAUUCAUCUGUGUGUAAUAAUUCUUUCACAUGUACCAUGCAAUGUUCUGUCGAUAAAGCAGAUGCUGCGGAUACAUAUUUCAAUUCCCAAUAAUUAAUAAAGCUAUUUUCUUGUUUACACAUGCUGUCCUAUGCAAAUAUACAAUUUCAUGUAUAGUAGAAAAUGAAUUGUUGUUGUUGGUUAAUUAUGACAAAAAAACUUCAUAUUUCAUUAGUUAUUCUGCAAUAUCAUAGAUCCUCAUUUUACAGUGUAGCUUGAUUUUGCAUCACAUAUUUUAAGUUAUUUAUCAUGGACAAACGUAAAUAACCUAUGGUUUUGACCAUUCAAAGAUGCAAUUUUUAUGAAGGUAAAUCCUUCUUUGUCUAAAGUAAAUUUUUUAAACUAAUAUCAAUUGUAAACAAACUCAGUGUGGUGAAGAUAUGAUAGAAACACAUGUUUUAAGAGCAAUCAUUUGGUUUGUUGUCACCAAGCGGGAAAAGUGGAUUUUCUCCUGUUUCGCCCACAUCACAAGACCAUACUUUUGCGAAAAAAUUGUGCCUACAAGAGUGAUUAAUAUAAAUUUGUAGUAUUUUGUUUCACAAUCGUUGUAAAAUAUAUGAGUUUAAACUUAACAUGCACUUUGUUGCAAAAGCUAGAUUAACUGACUUGGACAUAUUGUUCUAUAAGUAUAAUCCUCAAAUAUUUAUCCUACAAUUGUAAUUCUUAAGAUUCGAAGUACAUAUGGAAUAUUAAUUUUAUAGCUAUUUUUUUAUCAUAAUGAAAGUGUCUUCAUUGGAAUUAUUUAAAUUUUGUAUUUUAAUUACUGCAGUCCCGUUCUCCUUAUUUUAUUAAAUUAACAGUUAUUGAAUUGUUGGAUUUAUAUGCCAAUCAAUUUCAAAAACUACUGUAGCUUGGUUCAGGCUUGUUAAGAAGUGCUUUUUUAGUUGUUUGCAAUUAUGUUUAGAUGAUAUAUAUUGGGUGUUGUUUUCAUUCCUGUAAGGUUCCAAUGUACUGUUAAGCUUGUCUCUUUAUCAAGCUGAUGUUAAAUUUUUGUGCUCGGUGAACCCAUACAAUUUUGGCAUCAUCAGAAAGGUUAUUUUUGUUGAUUAAUGAUAUGUAAAAUAAAUGAAAGAAAAUUAAUUAAAUAAUUAUAACAGGUUGUCUUAAUUUCAACUGGAAUAAUUCAAAAGGGCGAGAGUGGUAUAGGUGUCCGCCUUUUACCAAAGAGGCUGUGGGUUUGAUCCCCACUAGGGGUACUUUCUCAUGGCCUCUCGAAAUGGACACCGGUACUGGUUUCUACCGAGGAAACGGACUAAAGACUGAUUCUAUAAGCUAUCAGCUUUCGUCAUAAUCAAGCUAAAAGACAUUUGAAUAAACUAGCCAAAAUGGAGUGUAAAUUUGCAAAGGGCUAUUCCAUUUUAAAAUAUAACCCCCAAGGAGAGGCACCCCCCUACAGAAGCAAAUUUACCCUUGUGGGGUCCAAAUUAGCGAAAAGACACCCACCUUUAUACUUUUUAAAUAAUUGCCCUUCUCCUGUGGGUUAUAUGUUUUACUGGAAUAGCCCUAAGCCAAAAUAGCAUGUUGGCAAUGCACUUUUUCUCGACUCACAUACUGCAAAUGAUACCAACAUAAUAACAAAUGGGGUUCACUGACAUCUGAAAAAGAUCACCUUAUUGUACAUUGGGUUCCUUCUGUUGUUGUGAUUUGAGCAAGAAGUGUCUUGGUAUGUUUCUUUGAUCAGUGCAUUUUGUCUGGGCAAGUUUGUAAGUUUUCUGGUGAUAACAUACUAUAUAAUGAAUAAAAUAUAAACUCUU